AUGGACUCCCUGCCAACCGAAAACGUUGGAGAUGUACUAGAAAAUGUCUGUGGCAGAGUUUUUUCUAUACAAAUUAAUAUCCAGUUAUUAACUUGUGCUUUUACUAUACUGAUGUGUUUGUAUUUAGUACUGGUCACAGAUUGGAUAGGAGCUUAUCCACUUCUAUUCAUUUGUUUUAUUAGCAUGUACGUGUAUUGCAUAUUGGGCACAAUAUCCGAAACUUGUAAUGAAGACAUCUACACCGAAAUAUAUAAUAUAUCCUGGUAUAAUUUGUUGGUGCCACAACAAAAAGUCGUUAGACUCAUGUUGAUGCAAUCUCAGAUGUUAAAUCAAAUAAUGUUUGCCGGACUGUGGCCAUUGUCUGUUGAUACGGGAUUAAUAAUAACAAAACGACUUUAUAGCAUUUUUGCGAUGAUGGCACAGUUUAUUGAUAAUUAAAUAUGCCUUAAAAGCUACUUACCAAGGCUGCUUUUGAAUACGGGACUCCAAUAUCAUUUGGAUAUUAUAGCACUAAGAAUGUUAAAUACUUAUAUCCUGCAUA